AUGAAGAAAUGGUCAAGCUACGCCGUCACAGCCCCAUCCGAAAUCACCCACUCCUCAUCCCACCCCAUGGGAGGUGACCGCAAAUCCGCAUCCCCCGACACCAACACCCGAGCAAUCUUCCUCCUCGCGGCCCAAAAACCGCCAUACUGCGUCUAUGGGAACACCUUCUACGACCACGCCCUCUACGGCAACGUCUUCUCCGUCGACGGGAACGGCGCGAUAGAAAAGAACACCCAAAACUACGAGUAUCAGGCAAACUCUGGCAUCCACGAGAUGGUCUUUGACCCCACCGAGACAUACCUCUACUCCGCGGACCUACGCGCAAACACGAUCUGGACACACAAGAAGGGUGCCGAUGGAACCCUCUCCCUUGUCGGCAGCAUUGACGCCCUGGCACCCGGCGAUCACCCGCGAUGGGUCGAGCUUCAGCCCUCAGCUACCUCUACGCCCUCAUGGAAGCCGGAAAAGAAUCGCCGUCUACGUGAUUGA